CCAGAGUGGAUCAAAAGAAUGGGAAAUGCCUGCAACCCCUUGAGAAGAAUUUCUUCUUUCCUAUGCCUUUUAUCGGUACUGUUGCUGACUGACGGGAGCAAACCAGGAAAGACAUGUCCUAAUUGGUGUACCUGUUCCAAAGAUAAUGCUUUAUGUGAAAACGCCAGAUCUAUUCCGCGCAGCGUUCCUCCUGACGUUACCUCACUAUCCUUCGUGAGAUCUGCUUUUUCUAAAAUCCCAGAAAGGAGUUUUGUCUUCUCACCAUCUCUGCAACUUCUGUUAUUCACAGCAAACACUUUUGAUGUCAUCAGUGGUGAUGCUUUCAUGGGCCUUCCUCAUCUAGAAUAUUUGUUCAUAGAGAACAACAAUAUCAAGUCACUUUCAAACACCUCAUUCCGAGGACUGAAAUCUUUAAUUCAUCUGAGUCUUGCAAACAAUAAUCUUCAAACACUCCCCAAAGACAUAUUCAAAGACUUGGAUUCCUUAACAAACAUAGACCUCAGAGGAAAUGCAUUCACCUGUGACUGCAAGUUGAAAUGGUUAGUGGAAUGGGUGAGCAGAACAAACACGACAGUAGAAGAUGUUUAUUGUGAAAGCCCACCUGAGUAUAAAAAGCGUAAAAUCAACAACCUCUCCCCAAAUGAAUUUGACUGCAUUAUUACAAAAUUUGUUGUUUUUCGAAAGUUGCCAUAUCAGUCUCUGUCAGUAGAGGCCUUCUCGUACAUGGAUGAUGAAUAUGUGGUUAUUGCCCAGCCUUUUACUGGAAAAUGUGUCUUUCUUCAAUGGGACCAUGUGGAAGGGACAUUUAGGAAUUUUGACAACAUUACAGGGACCUCCGUGGUUGUCUGCAAGCCUGUAAUUUUUGAGAAUCACCUGUACAUCAUUGUUGCCCAGCUGUUCGGUGGUUCCCACAUAUACAAAAGAGACGUUCACACAAAUAAAUUUAUAAAAAUUCAGGAUAUCGAGAUUCUCAAAAUUAGAAAGCCGAAUGACAUUGAAGCAUUCACCGUUGCAAAAGACCAGUACUUUGUCAUCGCGGACAGUUCCAAAGCUGGCAUCACCACUGUUUACAAAUGGAAUGGAAACGGGUUUUAUUCUGAUCAGUCUCUGCAUGAGUGGUACAGAGAUACAGACGUGGAGUACCUGGAAAUCGCUGGCAAGCCUCACUUGAUCUUGUCAAGUAGUUCUCAACACCCUGUCAUAUAUCAGUGGAACAAAGUAACAGGGAAAUUUGUUGAACCAACUAAUAUACCAGAUAUGGAGGAUGUCUAUGCUGUAAAGCACUUCAUGGUAAAAGAGGAUAUCUAUGUAUGCUUAACCAGAUUCAUUGGUGAUUCCAAAGUAAUGAAGUGGGGAGGUUCGAAAUUUCUGGAUUUACAAAGGAUGCCGUCACGAGGGUCGAUGGUAUUCCAGCCUCUUCAGAUAAGGAAUUAUCAAUAUGCUAUCCUUGGAAGUGAUUAUUCUUUUACUCAGGUUUAUUACUGGGAGGCAGGAAAGGCCAAAUUUGUGAAGUUUCAAGAAUUAAACAUACAGGCGCCGAGGUCUUUCACACAUGUGUUUGUCGAUAAACAAGAUUUUCUCUUUGCUUCGAGCUUUAAAGGGAAUACGGUGAUUUAUAAACAUAUUAUAGUUGACCUAAGUGCAUGA